ACUUUUACAAUUACUGAUUACAGCUUUCUUAUUGUAUUCCAAGGACUUGCUCGAGUCCAUCAUGGUUCUGAGUUUACAGCCGCGCGAAGACGGCCCGGUGAGCUUACAAGUGCCCAAAGCCAGCCAAGCGUGCAUCAAUUGUCGUAAACAAAAGAGGAAAUGCGACAAAUCAGUCCCAUCAUGUGGCCUUUGUGCCAGGAUGAACCGUCAAUGCGACUACAGCGACUCAUCAUCCGCACCCACCGCAACUGAUGUAGCCGCACUACAAGCCCGUCUCGCCGAGCUCGAAAACCGGCUCGCCUUAGCUGUCGGCAAGGAAACCACCACCAGCACGAGCUCAUCAUCCCCCAGCACCAAUAGCCGUGACAAUGCCGCCACCACCCAUCCAGCACCACCAGUCAUCAACUCCCGCGGCCCCCUUUGGCUCCCCGCCUCCAGCCGCUUCCCCUCCGCCCUCCUCCUCGACGUCGACAUUUUCAAAUGGGCCCAACUCUCCGUCCCGGCUCCACCCGUCGCCGUCCCGCGCGACGUCUACGACAUCCUCAGCAGCGGCAAGACGGUCCAAGACUGCGCCGCCGAGUACUUCGACACGGUGCACCGGUGGUUCCCCUUCAUCUCCAAGAAGCGCAUGACGCUGGGGCAUACCCUCUGGGAAGCCGGGCCGGACUUGGCCAUGUUGUUUUUGGGCAUGAAGCUCAUCGUCACGCUGCCGGUCGAGGGGAUGGACAGUGCGGAUAACCCGGGGAUGAUAUUGGUUGCGUUGUAUGAGUACGGGCAGGGGAUAUAUCCGGCGGCGUGGAUGAGCGUGGCGGCGUGUGCGAGGUAUGCGGAGAUGUGUGGGUUGCCGGGGUUCAAGGAGAGCUGGGCGGUUUUGGGGGCUGUGACGACUUGGACCGAGUCUGAGGAAAGGAGAAGGGCCUGGUGGGCUAUUUACAUCCUGGAUAGGGUGAUCUGCCUGGGAAACAAGAAGCGGUUUGUGUUGCCGGAGCCGGAAAAGCACUACCUUUUGCCCACGGAUGAUGAUGCUUGGGACAGCGGAGAUCCAGGCCGUGCCCUCAGCGCAGGAAUCACCACCCCUCUCGCGCAGCCACAAGGUCGUUUCGCCCGUCUAGUCCAAUCAUCCAUGCUCGUCAGCAGAACCAUAACCCACGUGCGGACCACCCUACGCAACCAUCAACUAGGAGGCGACAUCGAUCCUUUCGACAUUAACGAAGUUGACGACCUCAUCAACACCCUCACCUCCUUCAGCACCCUCAUCCAACAAGAACUCCUCCCCAGCCUCGCCGUACUACGCAACCAAAAUUCUACAGAACCAACUUCAUCAACCUCAUCAUCAACCUCCCCACCCCCGCCGAGCUGGCACUUUCUAACCCCCAGCUCCAUCCCACUCAACCCCCCAUACCACCACCACCCUCCCUCUCCUUUCGAUUUCUCUUCUUCCUUAUCUCCCCAACCCCCACCUUUAGACCCCCUCUCCCUGCCCCCUUUAAGUCUAACCCACUCCGCCCUGUUCCUCCUCUACGACGUCCACUGCUGUCCCGAGAACCUUCUUUGUGGGACCGGUGCCCAGGGUUUCGACAACUUCCAACCAAAAACUGCUAUCCAACAGGCCUUGCAGGUGCGGGCCGUAGCAGGCCUGCGCUCGCUUUCGAGUGGUGUCAUCCGCGAGAUGUGCAUGGAGUUGUUGGAUGCGGUCAUGUUGCCGCAGGGUUUGGCGAAGGUUAGUCCGCUAUGUCUAGACGGGAUGUAUAAUGGGAUGGCGACGUUGAGGUGGUUAUGGAAGGAGGGGGGUGAUGAUGGUGGAAUUGGAUUAGGGGAGAACGGAUCCCUUGGGGAAGGAGGAGGAAGUACAGGAGGGAAUGUGGGAGUGUUGCAGGCGGCAGAAGAUGUGGGGAGGUGUUUGAGUAGAUUGUCGAGUAGGUGGAGGGUGGCAGAGGAUUAUUUGGGCUUGGUUGGGCUCUUUUGAGGUGGGCGUUGCGAUGGCCUGGAAUGGUGGGAAGUCAGGAAUCUGCUAACCAGUCGCUGCUGGCAACUUCUCGGCCGUCCCUACCUCUCGCUUCCUCAUGUAUAUUCUUCGACCGCCAGUUUGGACAAGGAGCCACUCGACGAAUUGCGUCGUGAUUGGCAACGCAGAUAUCUGGGUGCAGUGGAUGAGAAGAGAAGGGGGGUGGGCUCAGGCUCAUGCUCGUGGUUAGGACCAGGACGUCGUCUGCGUGUCUCUUGUGGCGUUUAGGAACUUAAAGGGUCCCCCAUCAUGUAUAAAUAGUGAGCGGAUGCUAAAGGCGGAAAUUGGCCUUUAAACAUACAUAGUUGUGGGUCGUGGGCGGUUUGGUGAAGCGCAUAACGGGAGUUUCGCUUCCACAGCCACUGUUACACGAGACCUACAGAAACGAGUCACUCAAGUGAGUAUGGUACCGGGAGUAGGUACGGGACGUGGAAGGUACUUAGGUAUGCUGUGCAGAGGUAUGCUCCCAAGCUGAAACUAGCAGCGAACGAGAAAGUUAACAGACAAGGAUGACACGAAGUAUCUUCAGAUAUACAGAACAACUCUACUCG